AACUGGCCACCCAAGACCCAGCAGUGGUCCUGCAGCGGGCAGUGCCAUGGCGGAGCGUGGGCAGCGACUCCAGCCCACGACUGUGGCUCGGAGACUGCAGAGGGAGCGCCCGGACUGCGGGUGGUACCUCGAGAACCAGCCUUCCAAGCGUUUCACAAAGCAUAACAGGCUGACAUUCAGGGGCUUCUUGAACAGCCGGCACUGGGUGUUUGUGAAAGAGGAUGACUUCAGGAAAGACUGCCCCGCACACCAGGGCUCCAAGGAUGCCUUUCUACCUGUUAUUCAUCACGGAACCCCCAAUGCUAACCCCAAAAAGAGGCUGGGCAGACUGCCCAAGGGGGCAACGCUGUUGUCUAAGCAUUCAAAAGCUGAGAAGGCAUUCCUGGAGGAAGUGGAAGCUAACUCGUCUCUGCACCCCCUGGCUCUCUGCCCACUACUUAAAGAAGCUCUGCCUACUGAGCUUUUAUUACAGGUGCUGGAGGUACUGGACCCUGAGAGGAAGCUGGGGGAUGUGUGGGCUUAUUGCCAGGACACCAGGAAACCAAUGAAGGAAACCACAAAGCUUGUAGAAAAACGCUCUUCCCAAGAAUGCCUGCCCAAGAAGAUGUUGAUGUCGCGUUCAGGCCAGUGGCUUUGUGAAGAAAAGCCAAGCAAAGUGGAUUCAGUCUAUGAAGACAGUCUCCUCCAUGAUGACGUACACAGAGGAGUCAGCGAUUUCUGCCACUGGGCCGUGGAUCUUGGAAGCUCAACCAUAGAUGAAGAAUUCGUCCUGCAGCAGUUUGAUGUUGGCUAUCAGACUAGAUACAGCUGUGAUGUGCUUCCCAGGCUGAGGAUAAACCAGGACAAACUCUUCAUCAAGGGACCACCUUCCCUGCGAGAACACUGUGGGCGCUGGAGCCAACCUCAGUCCUCUCGAAGAUCAAAUCCUCAGAAGCCGAAGCCAGUGAAGAUGAGGUAUGGAGCCUGGUAUCUGAACACCAAUCUGUGGAAGAGGCAAAGAGCAGAUGAACCUUUGGUCGACCCCAUGGUCUCACACAAAGCUCAAGAAUUGAACUUUAAAAAGCAGCUUCAGGAACAGGAGGAACUGCUUGCAGGCCUUUGCGGGACAGCAGCCUUUAAGGACUUCGUUCUAAGCAGGGGCUACAGGAUGCCCAGGGAGAAAAGUACAUCGGAAAAUAUUAAGACUCCUAAAAAACUCACGCAAACAGAGAGGAAUCCUGGGAGAAGACGAGUCAGCUUUUACUGACAGCAUACUUGGAUACUGCUCCAUUAUCUUAAUUAUUAAGUAGAGUGUGGCAGUGCCCUCUGCCGAAGCUUCAACCUGGAAGCAUCCAUAAAUAUAAAACCCAACACAAAUGUCUUUUAAA